CUUCAAGCAGGGGUGGCUACUGGGCUUGUUGCCACAGCUUGGAGCAGAGAUCUUGAAGGGGCGAUGUGACACCCUGCAUGGACCCCUGGACUCCCACAGGACCCAGAUUCCUCAGGCUUGGACCAUGGCAAGUCCAGAGUACCCUGGGAGCCCUGGCAGGACAAGACCCAUAACCCAGGGCACAGCAAGAAACAAGCAAGAUGUGCCAGCCAUGGGCCCCGACCUCCCACGUCCAGGACCUGAAGGGCACUUAGAUGCCCAUGGCGGCCCGACGUCCAACUCCAGCAUGACCACUCGGGAGCUGCAGGACUACUGGCAGAACGAGAAGUGCCGCUGGCGGAACGUCAAACUGCUCUUUGAGAUCGCUUCAGCCCGCGUGGAGGAGAGGACAAUCUCCAAGUUUGUGAUAUAUGAAAUCAUCGUCAUCCAGACAGGGAGCUUCGACAGCAACAAGGCUGUCCUGGAACGGCGCUAUUCCGACUUCGAGAAGCUGCAGAAAGCCCUGCUCAAGACUUUCAAGGAGGAGAUUGAAGACGUGGUUUUCCCCAGGAAGCACCUGGUGGGGAACUUCUCGGAGGAGAUGAUCUGUGAACGCAAGCUGGCCCUCAAGGGGUACCUGGGCGCGCUCUACGCCAUCCGCUGCGUGCGCCGCUCCCGCGAGUUCCUGGACUUCCUCACGCGGCCCGAGCUCAGAGAGGCCUUCGGCUGCCUGCGGGCCGGCCAGUACGCCAGGGCCCUGGACAUCCUGGUGCACGUGGUGCCCUUGCAGGAGAAGCUGACCACGCACUGCCCCACGGCAGUGGUCCCAGCCCUCUGCGCCAUGCUGGUGUGCCACCGUGACCUGGAGCGCCCCGCCGAGGCCUUCGCAGCUGGCGAGAGGGCCCUGCAGCUGCUGCAGGCCCGGGAGGGCCACCGCUACUACACACCCCUGCUGGACGCCAUGGUCCGCCUAGCCUACUUGCUGGGCAGGGACUUCGUGUCUCUGCAGGAGAAGCUGGAGGAAAGCCAGCUGCGGAGGCCCACCCACCGGGGCUUCUCCCUGAAGGAGCUGGCCGUCCGAGAGUAUCUGUGACAAGCCAGCCUGCUGCCUUUGCAGGGAAGCUUCAAAUUUGGAGGCACGAUUACUCAGUGACCUUUCUGGAUUUAUUUUCGAUGGGAAAAGCCAGUGGGGGCUCUAAGUCACAAGGUGACUUUGGACAAACCCCUCCUCGGGCCUCUGUUUUCCUUCUGUACUGAACAGAGGUGCUCCUGGGACUCUAUGGAAGACUCCACCUCUGUAUCUGUCUCCCUUGACAAUAGGGCCACUUCAUCACAAAACCACAAACCUGGCUGCCAAAACAUGGGAGAGGAAUAUGGACCUCACCAGUGUUUUGGUGCUAAGCUGGAGGAGAGGUUGCACACGAUUAACAAAGCUGAAUCCACUACUUGGCAGAAAGCUUGCUCCAGCUGUGCUGAGUCUUUCUCUCUGUUCCUCCUAUCGCAACAUGGCUUACAAAUAUUUCCACUCAUUAUCUGAAUAUUGACCCAAUAUUCUAGCUCUUCUUCAGUAGCAUGUAGACCCAAUGCAGCAAAACAAAAAUUCACCUGUCACCCCUAAAGAACAAUCUCUCCUUCACUCCAGUCCACCCCUUCCCACAGGGCAGGAGUUCUGUGUCAUCAUUCUGAGGCUGGGAAGACCCUGGGCUAGAUAGAAAGCAAGGACAUUGUAAGAUUCUAUGGUACAGGGCAUUUUUAGCAAAGGAAGUUACUAUUUCUCUGGCUAGGAUGAAUAACACAUUGCCUAGGAGUAUAUUUUCAUUUAUAUAAGGCAGCAUGGCUUCCCUGGGUCAUGCGGACAUAGCCCUGGAGGGAGGUGACAUAAGACAGUCAAUGGGUCCUAUGGGUAGACAAGAGAUUGAAUUCUCGGCACCUCCCCUUUUGAGCACCAGUGUUCUUGGGACUUCUGUGAUGGAUUGAGAUACCCUUAACUGGAGUCUGCUGUCAUAAAAAGAUACCAGGGACCCCCAAGUGAAGAGACACUUAGAACAAUGACCCAGAUUCAACAGAGGGCUGGUACCGACUGGUUUGGGCACAAUCUGUGUUUAAGAAUGUAAGCUUUCCUGAAGUUUAAACCAUAAGAAUCAUCUUAUUAGGGUGAACCAAAUAAACUAUAACUUGGGAACCCUCAUGUGAGGCACCACUUACUGGCAGGAAUCCAGCCCAGCAGGGGAUCACCACAGCAGUGAGCAGGCUGUCACUGGACUGCACCAGAAUUUGUUUAACAGUGACACCUUGUGGUAACAAUUGCCAGGGCCCCAUCAGGCUCUGUCCUAAGAGGUUAGAAACAGGCUGUCUUUGGACAAAGAUACCCUUCAAAUUUCUCAAUGUACUGCAAGAGAAAGAUGUAUUGAGUGGGAGAUAUUAAACUUAUUGAAAAUCUGGGAAUUUGGA